AUGAUUCAACAGACAGUAUUCUUCUUGUAUUGGUUUUCUCUUAAGUGUUUCAAUCGUAAUAUGAGGCAAAAACAGUUUCAUGAUUCAUCAGCAAGCUGCAAGAAAUUGGCUUAUUUGACAGCUCCAGCUUCUCUCCGAUAUGCAAGACAAGACGCCAAAGAAUGGCAAGAUGCAGAAGAGUACACCCACCGUUUAUCAUCAAAACCUGACAGAGUAACGUCACAAGAACCAACAGCUAAUCUCUGGACAACACCCCCUAUUGGUUGGACGAAAUGCAACUAUGACGGCACUUACCACAGCAACGCUCCGAGUAAAGCGGGUUGGCUCUUACGGGAUGAUCGAGGAACCUUUCUAGGUGCAGCUCAUGCUAUAGGCUCUAUUACUACCAAUCCGAUGGAAAGUGAACUCCAAGCUUUAGUCAUGGCCAUGCAACAUUGUUGGAGUAGGGGCUAUAGGAAAAUUUACUUUGAAGGUGACAAUAAAGAAGUCUCAGAGAUUGUCAAUGGUCGGUCUUCAAAUUUUGCAGUUUUUAAUUGGAUAAGAGAUAUAAGCGCUUGGAGAUCAAAAUUUGAAGAAUGCAAGUUUACUUGGACAAGGCGAUUUUCAAACAUGGCUGCAGAUGCUCUGGCAAAACAACAACUUCCUUUGAACACUCAGUUUUAUUGCUAUAACUAUAUCCCGUUUAGAGAUCGUGAAACGCAAGAAAACAGAGAGACAAACGGUGGCGAGAUCAUUGAUGGUGUGAUCACCGAGUUACAGUUCCGACGGUUCUGA